AUGACAAAGCGUGGCUUGAGGAUUCACGUUAGAAGUCAUAACGAAAAUCCGUACACCUGCGAGCAAUGUGGCAGAGCGUUUCCUACUAAAAUGCGUUUGAAGCUUCAUUCAGUUGUUCAUUCUGACCAAAGACUGUUUGGCUGCGAGUUCUGCCAGAAGAAGUUCCUCCGAAAUGGGGAAUUGACAGUUCACAGGCGAAUGCAUACUGGAGAGAAACCUUAUCCUUGCGAAUGCUGCGACGCAGCCUUCUCGUCGAAGUCGAAACUGAAUCGCCACGUCAGGCAACAUGAAGGCUUGAAGCCGCAUUAUUGCCAUCAGUGCGGCAAAUCGUUUGCUUUACAAAACUGUCUAAGAAUUCACAUCAGACGGCAUACUGGGGAGAAACCGUACUCCUGCAAGCAAUGCUCGAAAAGGUUUGUCAAUGGCCAAGAGUUGAACAUUCAUUCGAAGAGCCACGGCGAAAAGAUAUUUCCUUGCGGCACUUGCGGCAGAAGGUUCAACCGCAAAGACUCGAUGAAGAGGCACGAAAUGACGCACACGGGAGAGAAGCCGUUUGAUUGCAAUAAGAAACACAUGAUGAAGGAAGAGUUGUUUACGUGUGUAUAUUGUCAAAAAUCUCUUGCCACCGCGCAAAAUUUGAAAAUUCACGUGAGGAGGCAUACUGGUGAAAACCCCUUCGUCUGUGAGGUUUGCGGGAAAUGUUUUGCAACUGGUACGCGUUUGAGAUUUCACGCUCUAGUCCAUUCUAGUGCGAAACCUUUUUGCUGUGACUUCUGCCAGAAAGGUUUUCUGCGGAAAGGAGACUUGACAGACCACAGGCGAAUGCACACUGGAGAACGACCUUAUCCUUGCGACUGCUGCGGAAAAGCAUUCUCGACCAAGUCCAAUUUGAUUCGUCACGCGUUGUGCCACUCGGACGUGAAACCCCACUGUUGCGAGCACUGUGGAAAGUCAUUUCACACCAAGGAAAGGUUAACAGUGCACAUAAUGAGGCAUACAGGCGACAAACCCUACUCUUGCGAACACUGUCCAAAGACAUUUGUCGACCAUGGGGGAUUGAACACUCACAUGAAGAGCCACCAGGAAAAGUCUUUUCCUUGUGGCUUUUGUCAGAGGAAGUUCAGUCGCAAAGACGAAGCCAAGAAGCACGAGAGGACGCAUACAGGAGAGAAGCCUUUUGUUUGCUUAUGCUGUGGGAAGUCGUUUGCAGUAAGCUACUCCCUGAAGGAGCACUCAAGGAUUCACACCAACGAGAAGCCGUUUUCGUGCGACUACUGUGAUCAGUCUUUUAGUAAGAGCAACACGUUAACAGUGCACAUAAGGAGGCAUACCGGCGACAAGCCCUACUCUUGCCAACUCUGCCCUAAAACAUUUGUCGACCACGUGGGUCUGAACGCUCACAUGAAGAGCCACCAGGAAAAGUCGUUUCCUUGUGGCUUUUGUGACAGGAAGUUCGGUCGCAAAGACGAAGCCAAGAACCACGAGAGGACGCAUACAGGAGACAAGCCAUUCGUUUGCAUCUGCUGCAGGAAGUCGUUUGCUCAAAGUUGCUCCCUCAAGAGGCACUUUAGGGUUCACACAAACGAGAAGCCGUUUUCGUGCGACUACUGUGAUAAGUCUUUUGGUGCUAGGUCAGCCUAUAGGGAGCAUGUUAAAAGGCAUUCCCUGCCACAUUCUUGUGAGUUUUGUGAGAAGAAGUUCCCAAGCAAGAAGGUUUUGAAAUCGCACUUACUUGCGUGCGAUAAAAAAGUGAAUUGA